AUGGCGUCUCUGAAAGGUAAAACGGAUCCAAGGUUCAAGAAAGUCUUGGAUCUUCUAGAGGCCAACAUUGGCUCUGGUGAGGAGCUAGGUGCAUCUUUGGUUAUCAACAUUGACGGAGAUGUCGUUGUUGACGUCUACGGUGGGUACGUCGACGUCGACCGCAGCAAACCGUGGGACAAGGACACUAUCGUGAAUGUCUGGUCAUCGACCAAGACUGUGGCGACUUUAGCUCUCCUUAUAUUGCAUGAACGGGGCCUUAUCGACGUCAAUGAGAAUGUGGCAAAGUACUGGCCCGAGUUCGCUGCCAACGGCAAAGAAAGCGUCAAAGUUCGUCACCUAAUGUCCCAUACCUCUGGACUGUCAGGCUGGAACAGGCCGUUUUCAACAGAAGAUGCCUACGAUCUUGAAAGGUCAACGAACCUUUUGGCUGAGCAAGCUCCUUGGUGGGAGCCUGGCACCGCGUCGGGGUAUCACGCGAUUACUAUGGGCCACUUGAUUGGAGAAGUUGUACGACGAGUUACUGGUAAAAGUCUCACCCAAUUCGUCGCUGAUGACAUUGCUGGUCCUCUGAACGCGGAUUUCCAGAUUGGGGCAAAACAAUCAGACUGGCCAAGGAUAACAAAUGUCACGCCUCCCCCGCCAUUUCCUUUCGAUCUGAGCACCAUGGACCCCGAAAGUGUCAUUGUCAAAACAUUCAGCGCUCCGGCAUUGGACGCCAACGCUGCAAACACCGAGGGAUGGCGAAAAGCCGAGAUUGGUGCAGCUAAUGGGCAUGGCAAUGCGAGGUCGCUCGCUCGAAUUCUUUCUACCGUGAGCCUCGGCGGAACGGUUGAUGGACAUCGAUUGCUGUCGUCCAAAACAAUUGACAUGAUAUUCCAAGAGCAAGCAAACAACGCAGAUCUUGUCCUGGGCCAGCCAAUACGAUUCGGCAUUGGAUACGGCAUUGCUGGUGGAGGCACUGAACAAACAGUUCCGUUCCUGCCAAAGGGUCAGAAUCGGCGAGUAGCCUUUUGGGGUGGAUGGGGCGGAUCGAUUAACAUCAUGGAUGUUGAUAAGAGAGUCACAAUCUCGUACGUGAUGAACAAGAUGGGAGCAGGGACUUUAGGCUCUGAAAGGGCAGCAGCCUACCUUAAGCUGAUUUAUGAUGUUUUGGGGGAUCAUUCACCCAAUGCGACAGCAAAGCUUGUUUGA